AUGUUGAAAGUUUCCUCGAAGGUAAUGCUGAUGUUGGAUCUGAGGCUGCUGUACAAAGGACUUAGUUUUCCUGAGAGUACAUCUUUCACAGCAGUAUUAAAAUUUGCAGGAGAAUUUAAAGUUCCUGCAGCAAUGAAUACAAUUAUUACCAGUGAUGGAAUAGGAAUAAAUCCUGCACAGAUUGCUGAAAAUGUUUUUCCAAAGCACUGUUCAGAACUUUGA